AGUCCCAGGCAUCAAUUUACAUAUCCGCAUUACCAAUUUUCUAAUCAUCAGACUUGUUCGUGACGUUAGUGGGAUUAGGUGCUGUUGAACCUGAAUUUUAAAACAUUUGUUUUAAACGUGUGUUUGUAAAGCCUUACACCAACCUCCCUGCUGUAGUAAAGUGAGAUGCAGGCUAUAAGAAACCUCUUCCGGGCGGCCUGGUCCUCAGCUGAGAGGCUGGAUGGCAAAACGGUUGUCAUCACUGGAGCCAACACUGGUAUUGGUAAAGAGACAGCCAUUGACCUGGCAAAGAGAGGUGCAAAGAUCAUCAUGGCGUGCAGGGACAUGGAGCGAGGGGAGGCUGCCAAGAAAGAAGUCAUUGAAAGCUCAGGCAGUGAAAAUGUGGUUUGCAUGAAACUUGACUUGGCAGACAGCAAAUCCAUAAGAGAAUUUGCUGAAGCCAUCAACAAAGGAGAGCCGAAGCUCAACAUCCUCAUCAACAAUGCUGGUGUGAUGGUUUGUCCAUAUGGGAAAACAGCAGAUGGCUUUGAGAUGCAGAUUGGUGUCAAUCACUUUGGCCACUUCCUGUUGACCCAUCUGUUGAUUGACCUGAUUAAAAGAUCGGCACCAGCCAGGAUAAUCACGGUGUCCUCCAUGGCGCACUCCUGGGGCUCCAUCAGAUUGGAGGACAUAAACAGCGAGAAGAGUUACGACAAGAAGCAGGCCUACUCCCAGAGCAAGCUAGCCAAUGUCCUCUUCACCCGCUCACUGGCUAAGAGACUAGAAGGCACAGGUGUGACGACAUAUUCUCUACAUCCUGGAGUCGUGCAGACAGAUUUAUGGCGUCAUCUAAACGGCCCUCAACAGGCCAUCAUGAAGAUGGUCAGCCCUUUCACCAAAAACUCCUCCCAGGGAGCUCAGACGAGUAUUUACUGCGCAGUGGAACCAUCGCUGGAUAAAGAGAGCGGGGAAUACUACAGCGACUGUGCUCCUGCCAAAUGCUCAGCGGCCGGAGAGGACGACGCCGUGGCGGAGAAGCUGUGGGAUAUGAGCUGUCAGAUGUGGUCGGUAACAUGGGAAUGAGCGACCUGGAUUUAAAAUAAGUGUUGCUUUUUUUCACUGCAAUAUGUUUCACUGAUACACUCUUCCAUUAAAUGAUAUGACCUAAUCAGCACUUUUUGCACACUUCUUGUGCGUUUCUGUUUUAGAUACUAACAUACAGUAUUUGCACUACACUUCCUAUCAAGUAAAUACUGAUAUACGAUGUUAAAUACAUCAAUAAAGUUCAAUUUAAAGUACUUUUCUUUUCCUUUUGAUUAAAACUUUGUCGUGAACGUCUGGGAAAAACUGUGGAAUAGUUCACAUAACGUGUAAUAAGUCAGAGGUGUCUUAAUGUUGCACAUUUUCUACCUGUAUUUUCUACUAUUAAACCUGAUUUUGACCACUCAA